AGGCAUCUCCGCGCAGUGCACACCCGCACUCUGGAUACCCACGAUACUGGGAUGCCAAACACUCCGGACCGGGCGCACAGGGCUCAGGGCCUAUGCCGGUACAGAUUCAUGCACGCUCUCCGCCGCCGCCGCCAUCGCGGUCGACACUGACCGAGGUGGUCCUCGACACUCCCCAAAGGCGGUACGAUCCCCGAUUUGACGGGCGAGAGUCGCAGCCCCGCGAAUACGGGCGCGAAAUGCCGGUCGACGCCCGCUACCACAUGUCGCCGGAAGCAAUGCGCAUGCGUGCCCAGCCUCCUCCCCCACCGUAUGCGGGAAGCUCUCGUCCGUCUGAGAGCCCGCGCAUGACGAGCGUAGCCACACCGUCUGAUGCCAAAAGCCGCGGCGGCCGUCGCAAGGCGCAAGGUGCGACACCCGAGGCGGAAAUGCCUGGUAUGCCGCAAGAGAAGAAGGAACGCAAGCGGAGACAGCGCCGUGGGAAAGAGGACACGCCGGCCCCGAUGCAGCCGCCGCGCCAGGACUCGCAGUACGGCAUGCCGUACCGCCCACUGAAAACGAGCAACAAUGGCAGCCCGGAGCCGAGCUCGAAUGGAUCGAAUGGCUCUGGCCCUGGUUCGGCGAGCAGGUCGACGCAGCCGUCUCCAACGAGCUCAGCUGCGAACCCCGCCCACCACCCGCCCACGCGCAUCGUCGACGAGGACUACGACGGCGAUGGCGCAGCUGCGGAAGUGCUCAUGAACAUGUCCAACUCGUCGUACCGCAGUGGCCCGAGCGACCCCCGCAACUUUGGUGCUCCCAUCAGCGGACCCAUGCGCUCUCCACCUGACAGCCGUGGUGGUCCCCCGCCCCAGAUGUCUCCGCACUCGAUGGCGAAGCACCCAGCGAUGCAGAGGAACUCGCCUCCGUCGAAGCGGCCACUCAGCCCUGGGCCUGAAGAUCCGAACGUCGAACCCAAGCGCUCGCGCGUCGGCAGCACCAGCAGGCGGAUGUCUUCUCCCUCUGCGCAGGCCCCGUCGUCGACUCGGCCCUCUCCUGUGCCGUUCCGCCACCAGCCGACGACGCACGCGUCGCACUCGCCUGAAAUGAGGCAGGACGUGCAGCGUCAGCCGUUCGACUCCCCGCCGAGCCCUGCGCUUCCAACGACACUCCCACCACACCCGCGCCCGAUUGGGUCAAUGGGCGCCGGGUUUGCGGCGGGGCACACAUCCGGGCCGGGCAUGCCUCUCCCGCCGUCGCUGUCGUCCGGCGCGGUGCGCUCGCCUCCUGGCAUGUCACCGACGGACUCGGACCAUCGCAUGCACGACUCGCGGUCGAACUCGCCGAACGCGCAGCGGAUGCCGGCCAAGCGCGAGAUCGUCGUACACGCUGCGCGGUCGCCGCCGGGGUCCAAGGGUCUGCCUUCGCCUGCGUCGAGUCACGGCAGCCAUGCGAGCCACGGGAGCGGCGGCAGCCACAAGAUGGUUGUGUCGUGAGCGCGUGAUUCUCCGAUUUCGUUGUCGUGUGUAUACACGCUUUUCCUUUCUUUCUUUGUCUUUUGCACGCAUCUCGUACGUACGCAUUGGCAUGGCCCGGUUCUAUUUCCUCGUCGUCGUCGCUGUCUGUCUGUCUGUUGCAUCGCACGUUGUGUCUUUAUCUCACACGCACGGUUUCGGUCCUCUUGCUCGCUUUGUCGGUUCCCCAUUACCCUCGUCGUAUCGUCUGCAAGGUCCAUGAAGAAUACAAAGUGCCGAGUUCCUAUAUACCAUGUAUACUGUGUAUGUCUGUAUGUGCACGUAUGAUAUGCAACCAAUUAUUCUCAGACACAUUUCAGGUGGUAUUGCGUGAGAUGGCCUUGUACAAGCUGGAGGGUCGGGCGUUAUUUGUUGCUGUUUGGCUUCGACCUCAUGAUUGUCCC